AAUCUGAAUGACCCGCAAAACAACCCAUUUGACAGUGAAAUUAGCUUCCAUUGCAAAGGCAAGAGUUUUACUCGACAAAACCCCAGCGAGAAGAGCUCACGGCGCGAAUACACAGCAAGGUAGAGACGACGACGACGCGAGCAAAUUAGAUUCCGAUUCCAAGUUCACUCAGUCAUUCCCGCUACCAUGCCGGACGUUGCCCUAGUUAACGACUUCAUCAUCAAGCUGAAGAAACGUAAAAUUGAAGGAUCCAAAGCAACCGCCAAGCUCACGGCGGAGCUGCUUCGCUCCUUCAUUUCACAGCAGAGGCUUCCGCAUACUAACCAGGCCGGAGCUCUCAUCGAUGCCGUUAACGCUGUCGGGGAGAAAUUAAUUGCUGCCAAUCCCGUAGAACUUGCUGUUGGUAACAUUGUGAGGCGCGUUUUACAUAUUAUUAGGGAGGAGGAUGCAUCCCUAACUACUGCUGCUAUUGGCGGGUUAAGUAUAUCUGCUGGAAGUGAUGAUGAAGAUGAAAGGGAGAAUGACGAUCAUCCAGUUUUAUCUGCUGCUGCUGUGGCUGCUGCUGCCAGGAGCACAUUGAGGGCACCUUCCCUGCAGACUCUCCUUGAGGAUUUGCCACACUCAACAGCUGUUCCUCAUACAUCUUCUUCCGGAGGAGAUUCUGAAGGAAAAAGUAAAUCUGCUGAUAAGAACUCGCAGACUCGGAAACUGAAGCAUAAUGUCAUUGAGGCUGUUAAUGAACUUAUCCAAGAUAUAACCACUUGUCAUGAACAGAUUGCAGAACAGGCAGUGGAGCAUAUACAUCAUAAUGAGGUAAUCUUGACUUUAGGCAGCUCAAGAACAGUAAUGGAAUUUCUAUGUGCUGCAAAGGAAAAGAAAAGGUCUUUCCGAGUUUUUGUUGCGGAGGGUGCACCAAGAUAUCAGGGGCAUGCUCUUGCAAAAGACUUGGUUGCAAGGGGGCUGCAGACCACUGUCAUUACAGAUUCUGCUGUUUUUGCAAUGAUUUCUAGAGUGAAUAUGGUUAUAGUAGGAGCUCAUGCUGUCAUGGCCAACGGGGGAGUUAUAGCACCAGUAGGGAUGAAUAUGGUGGCCCUAGCAGCCCAAAGGCAUGCUGUUCCUUUUGUUGUACUUGCAGGCGUUCACAAGUUGUGUCCUCUCUAUCCACACAAUCCCGAAGUGUUGCUAAACGAGCUGAAGUCCCCAGCUGAGCUGUUGGAUUUCGGAGAAUUCUCAGAUUGUCUGGAUUUCGGGAGUGGCUCUGGUUCCCCACUUUUACAAGUUGUCAAUCCUGCAUUCGACUACGUGCCACCAAAUCUAGUCAGUUUGUUCAUAACAGACACAGGUGGGCAUAAUCCUUCAUACAUUUACCGUCUCAUUGCUGACUAUUACUCUGCCGAUGACUUGGUGGUGCAACAAAGAGCAGCGUCUUAAUGGUGUAUUUUCUUUCUGUUAUCCUACGCACCCUGGGUACCAUGAUAAUCUUUUAUGUGUUUCAGUGCCCCUUUCACUGACCACAUUUUGAUUUCAACACUUUCUGCUUGAUUUUCAACAAUUUUUUUCUUGUGGGUAAUAGAUCAAUGAAGCAUAUGCGAAUACCAUUCUGGCCUGCAGGGUUCAUAUUAUAGUACUAGACUAGAUACACAUGGUUUUUGGGUAUGUAGCUAUUAUUGAUGAAGUAGAAUGGUACUACUGAUUGGCCUUGAUUAUGAAUUCAAACACCAUUAAUUUUUAUUUUUAUUGUUGGGUGA